AUGUUGAUUGGACUACCAGUAGAUGGAGAUGUAGUUACUGGUAGCACAUGUUUAGAUUGGAGGCGUGUAUGUUAUUCUCUAUUAGGACUCACUCCUGGAGAUACAGACAUAGAUGGCCAGCGCCUUCAUCUUACAUGGUUGAGUCAGAGCUUCCCUACUUUGGCACCAGAUGCUAAUGAGGAGUCUAUUCAGCGUUAUACUAGGGCUUAUAUUUUACAGCUCAUUGGAGGUUUUCUAUUUUCAGGAAAGUCUAGUGAUAAGGUGCAUCUUAUGUUUUUACCCCUUCUAGAGGAUUUUGAGGUUGCUGGUAGGUAUAGUUGGGGUAGUGCCUGUUUAGCUUGGCUUUAUCGACAGUUGUGUCGAGCCUCUCAUAUUGAUACACAUGAUAUAUCUGGCCCACUGAUUUUGCUCCAGUUAUGGGUAUGGGAAAGGUUCCCAUUUAUUGCACCUCAUCGUUUACGUAUAGCUCCACAUGAUGACCAGCUGCCUCCACCUCCAUUGGCCAUUUGGUGGAGAGAUGAGUUUCAGACUACUUCGAUUAGCAUGCACGUCUUAGCUUAG